UCUCUCAUCACCAUUCACCACCACUAGCCAUCUCUGUAGAAGCCCACACAACAUACUUAUCUCUCUUCAUCUCUAGUUCUACUUCAGCUAGCGUUAUAACCAUGGGCAAGGACAUUGAAGUUGGAGGGUUUGCUGCCAAGGACUACCAUGACCCACCGCCAACACCAUUGAUCGAUCCGGAGGAGUUCGGAAAAUGGUCCUUUUACAGAGCCAUCAUUGCAGAGUUCGUCGCUACGCUUUUGUUCUUGUACAUCACUGUGCUCACUGUGAUUGGAUACAAGAGCCAGAGUGACACUCUCAAAGGUGGAGACCAAUGUGGUGGUGUUGGGAUUCUUGGCAUUGCUUGGGCCUUUGGUGGCAUGAUCUUUGUCCUAGUUUACUGCACUGCUGGAAUCUCUGGAGGGCACAUAAACCCAGCUGUGACAUUUGGGCUGUUUUUGGCUAGGAAGGUGUCACUGCCCAGAGCUAUAUUGUAUAUUGCGGCUCAGUCCUUGGGAGCAAUAUGUGGGUGUGGGCUUGUCAAAUUGUUCCAGAGUGCUUUAUACACAAACUAUGGUGGUGGAGCUAAUGGGUUAGCAGAUGGGUACAGUAAAGGCACCGGUUUGGCUGCUGAGAUUAUCGGUACCUUUGUUCUUGUCUACACCGUCUUCUCUGCCACUGAUCCCAAGAGAAAUGCAAGGGAUUCCCAUGUCCCAGUAUUGGCACCACUUCCAAUUGGGUUUGCUGUGUUCAUGGUUCACCUUGCCACAAUCCCAAUCACUGGCACAGGGAUCAACCCCGCUCGAAGUUUAGGGGCGGCAGUGAUUUACAACAAUGAGAAGGCUUGGGAUGACCAUUGGAUCUUCUGGGUUGGACCCUUCAUUGGUGCAGCUAUUGCAGCCUUGUAUCACCAGUACAUACUGAGAGCAGGAGCAGCUAAGGCUUUGGGUUCUUUCAGGAGCUCCUCCAACAUAUAAUUCUACCGAGGAGGAUAUUGAUGCUUUUUCUAAAUGGUUUGGGAGACUUUCGAAGUCACCAUGGAAGUUGUAGAUUAUUGUAUCUGUACGUGUUUGAGCACGUCACUUUGUGUAUCAAGGCACUCGUUUUAAACUUCCCUUGAUUCAUUCUGCUCUGUUUUCCUCUGUUUGUUUUAACCUUUCAGUUUGGCUGCUGAGGCUAUAUGAUGUUCAUGAGCUAGUGCAUUGUGCUUCUCUCA